AGUAUAAGAGCAAGGUGGUCUGUGAGGGGGACUGGCUGAGGCUGAAUUGCAAGCAGAGCAUGCGGAUUGCCAUCUACUCCGCCAUUUUUGGCAGGUCCCAGCCGGGUGCCCUGGAAUGUCCACCCUAUGACCAGAAGGCACCAGCUGUAGAGUGCCAGUCAAUGGGCGCCCUCCAGGUGCUAACAUCCCGUUGCCAGGGUCAGAGGAGCUGUUCUGUCCACGCCACCACCCAGGAGUUUGGGGACCCCUGCUACUCUGGCACCCGCAAAUACCUCAGGGUCAUCUACACCUGUGUUCCAAAGAAGCUUCUGAAGGAGGCCUCCACCAAGCAAGCUGUGUACCCUCUGCCACCAAGUCUCCAUGACCCAAAUGUUGUAGGAGACAGUGCACUUCCUGAGGGAUCCGCACUUGUGACCUCGGACUCUCUGCCAGGGAAGAAAAAGAGAGGGAGGGAGUCUGGCUUGUACUCCUUAGAAGACAAGGCCUUUCCAGAAGGCACGUAUGACGGCCCUCUCUGGACCCUGAGACCCCCCGUAGAUGCCCAGGCAGUGAAUGUGGAGAUGGCUCUGAUCAGCAAUGCUCUAGCAGCCUACAACUUCAUAGCAGAGCACCCGGAGAGAGCGGCCCUGUAUUUUGUUUGUGGCGUGUGCCUUGGCCUUCUCCUUACGCUGUUUGCCCUGGUGGUCCAGAUCUCUUGCCGCACAGACUGCCAGGCCAAGCCUCACAGGAAGCGAGGGGCACGGGGGCGAGGGGCAGAAAGUGCCAGUGAUAGCAGCGAUGACAGUGACUCCUCAGACUGGGACACAACCUCUGACCUGUCAGCCCGCCGCCAUCGCCGCUUCGAGCGGACGCUUCACACCAAUGUCUUCACCUCAGCUGAGGAGCUGGAGCGGGCCCAGAGGCUGGAGGAGCGCGAGCGCAUCAUUCGUGAGAUCUGGAUGAAUGGACAGCCUGACGUACCAGGGACCCGCAGUCUCAACCGCUACUACUAAGCCCGUCCCCAAAACCCCCUUCCUCAGGGAGGCUAAUGGAUGUGCGGCGAUCCUGCAGUUGGCCUGGGGGGGGGGGGGGGGGUGCCGGCUUUGUGCUCCAAAGGCCAUUGUUUGCCAGACCUACAAUAGCGGUGGCACCCUCAGAUUUUUUGCAGUGAGAAUAAGCUGUUCAGCAUGUGAAGCUUGGCCUGAAAACUGUGGCUUUGAGGCAGAGAUGUGUGCCACCCUUUCAUCCCCCCCCCUCUUUAUUUUUCCUAAUGAAGUGAGGGUCUGUUGGGGGUUUUUUCACUAUAGCUAUAGGUCAAAUUCUGAAGGAGGACUUAAAGUUCAAGGUCAGAUUCACUGACCUUAGUAGAGAUGGGUGAGUAUGGGCCUAUCCAUUAUUAGAGUGCAGGCUCUUGCCCACCACUGCUUUGAUCCAGUAUUCAAGAGACUGUUUACAGAGACUGGAGACCCAUUUAUAAACUGUUGUUGGAAAAUUGACUGGAGAAAUAGAUUUUAAAGGACCAUUUAAAACUUGCCAAACUUUGAACCAAAAAUCUUUUAAAUUCAUCUCAGCCCUUAUGAAAUCAAUUUUAUUUUUUCUUCAUAUUUAAUAGUUUUAUUGUAAUUUUUGUUAUGAAAUAUUUUUGUACAACGGCAAAGCUUUGUCUGGCACCUCAGGGAUGGAAUCCUAUUGUUUCAUUGUAUGAACAUUUUAUUAAGAAGGGGAUUAUUACAUUGCCUGAGUUGUGUCAGCAUUUAAAUAAGAUAUUAAAAAACCUCAAAGAGGGUAACAUAUUUUGUAAUUUUUUGGAAACAUGCACAGUGUUGUGCCUUAACCAGCUUUUUUAAUUUCUUUGGCUGCGUAAGUACAUUUGUUAAACACACAAUCAAACCUGAAUUAGGUUUAAUUUAAUUUUUUGUGAGGACAAGGCAUAGCUGAGCCAUUCUUUUCAGAAAAAAAUGCUUAGUGUUGAUGAAUCAUUCCUCCAUUUCACCUGGACAUAUUUCAGCCAGUGGUUGUCUUGAAAAUACAUAAAAUUCCCUUCUCUUAGAAGGGUUGGUUUAAGGAUGGCAUCUCUAUAAAAGGUUUGUUGUCAAAAAUGAACAGUACAAUUGCGGUGGCUUAAAUGCUGUUGUCACAUACACUUCCAUAAUAGCUCAUCCACCCAUAGGUGUCCAUGGCAGAAUGUGAAGAUUUUUCUGUCGGACUGCUGUAAUCCUUGAUUUAUACAGUGUUGAACACACUGUAUGAAUCAAGUGUUGAAAUGUUUGAGUCUGGGCUUACUCCUGUUUCUGAUCUGCCCAAUAAACAUGACUUAUCACAUUUACAGUUGAGGCUAAAAGUCUACAUACACCUAGGCUUAAGAUAUUCACACUCAAUUUUUCACAACUCUGCACAUUUCAUGUUACCAUACAUUUCUUUUGGCAAGUCAAUUAAGGCAUCUACUUUGUUCACAUCAAAGGUCAUUUUAAAACAAUCGAUUAGAGACAGAUUUACAGUCUUUCAGCUUUAAUUCACUUAUAUCAGAAUUCCAGUGGGUCAAAAGUUUACAUACCCCAAGUUGACAGUUUCUUUAAAUAGUCUGGAAGAUUCCAGAAAUUGAUGUAAUGACUUUUUAGAAGCUUCUGACUGGCCAAUUGUCAUAAUUAGGAGUUAAUCAGCACCUGUGGCUGUAUUUAAGAGCGUACCUUUAGAGCCACUGCCUUUUUGCCCUUGAUACCAUGGGAAAAUCCUAGCAACUCAGCCAAGAAAAUUGUGGACCUCCACAAGUUCGGUUCCUCCUUAGGAACAAUUUCCUAGCAAGUGAAGGUACCACAAGCAUCUGUACAAACAAUUCUAUGCAAAUAUAUAAAUCUUGGGACCACACAGACACUGCAUCGUUCAGGAAGGAGGAACAAAUUAACUCCCAGGGCUGAACAAACUUUGCUUCGAAAGGUUCAACUGAACCUGAAGAAGCCUCUACUCUAAGACCGGCAUAAAAAAUACAAUGAAGUUUGCAGGUGAUCACCAGGACAAAGACCAAGCCUUUUGCAGGAGUGUUCUCUGGUCAGAUGAAAUAAAAUUUGAACUGUUUGGCCAUAAAGAUCAGCGCUAUGUAUGGAGGAAAAAGGGUGAGGCUUUUAGUCUGAAAAAUACCAUCCCAACUCCAUUUUGCUGGAAAAGGGACUGGUGCACUUCAGAAAAUAGAUGGCAUCAUGAGGAAGGAGGAUUAUCUAGAAAUACUGAAGCAACACCUCAAGACAUCAGCUAGAAAGUUAAAACUUGGUCACAACUGGGUCUUCCAGCAGGAUAAAGCAGCAGGAUCCUAAGCAUAACUCCAAAGUUGUAACAAAAUGGCUUAAAGACAACAAAGUGAAAUUAUUGGAAGGCUACCCCAAGUGUUUGAUUCAAGUUAAACAAUUAAAAGACAAUGCCACCAAAUACUAACAAAGUGUAUGUAAACUUUUGACCCAUUGAAAAUCUGGUAUAGUACAUAAAAGCUGACAUAAAUCUGUCGCUUAUGUUAUUUUGAAAUGACCUCUUAUGGAAAUAAAGUAGAUACCCUAACUGACUUAUCACAGAAAAUGCAUGAUAACAUGAAAUGUGUGGAGAAAAAUUGAGUUUAAAUAUCUUUACCUAGAUGUAUGUAAAGUUUUGGCCUCAACUGUAAUUAACAUAAAUGCAUUGUAAUGAAUUCAGUUAUCCUGAAUAAUGGAAUGGAUUGAAUUGUAAAAAAAAAAACUAAAAAAAAGGUCAAAGUAUUAACUAGAAUCUACAGUUUCUGAAUUAGCAUUCAUGUCGCAAAAAUGAUCUCGUUAUUUUUUUCCAAGGUAAGCUAUUUAAAACCCUGAAGUUUCCAUUUGCAAGUACAUUUUUUUGCUGUAUUUGGCCAGGGGUCAUGAGUUUUAUAUUAUUUCUGUAUUUUCAACAAUGAGAUGAGGAGAAAAGGUACAUUGUAACAAAAUUCUUUAAAAAGUCAGACCUCCAGCAUAUCAUUUUAAAAGAGAAAGCUUUGUGUUUAAAGUGGAGUGGGAUGUAAGAUAUGCCAACAGCCGGUAAACGAGACCAAAUAUAACAUCUGUGCCUAAAAUAAAUUGUUUAAAAAAUAAA